AUGCCACGGUCCCCAAGGAAUCCCAGGGACUCGGGUGCCUUACCCGAAGACCUCACCCACGGUGCCAGGGAUGCCAGGCCCAGGAGGACCAACCAACGAGGUCGGAAUCCCUGCAGGAUGACAGAAGAGCCCUUGCCAAGCAUGAAUCCUGAAUCCUUCCUGUUACCUGCCCACAUCAGUGCUCCAGGCCUGUCUCAAUGCAUGCUAGGAUUUAUGUCCUGGAUCACCUGCCUGGCCUGUUUCCUGAGGACUCGGGCCUACCGCGUGCUGUUCAACACCUGCAGGUGCAAGCUUGUCUUCCAGAAGCUCAUGGAGAAGACAGGCAUUCUGUUCCUCUGCGUGUUCGGAUUCUGGGUGUUUUCUAUACAUUUACCAACAAAAAUGGAAAUCUGGCAGGAUGAAAAUAUAAAUGGUCCACUGCAAAACUUGAGGAUAUAUCAGGAGAAGGUGCGACAUCACACUGGAGAAAUCCAGGACCUCCGAGGUAGCAUGAACCAGCUCAUUGCCAAACUCCAGGAGAUGGAAGCCAUGUCAGAUGAGCAAAGAAUGGCCCAGAAAAUUAUGAAGAUGAUACAAGGAGAUUACACUGAAAAGCCGGACUUUGCCCUGAAGUCUAUAGGGGCCACCAUCGACUUUGAGCACACGUCAGCCACAUACAACCACGACAAGGCUCGCUCCUACUGGAACUGGAUCCGACUAUGGAACUAUGCACAGCCCCCAGACGUGAUCCUCGAGCCCAACGUGACACCUGGCAACUGCUGGGCCUUCUCAGGUGACCGCGGCCAAGUAACCAUUCGCCUGGCACAGAAGAUCUACCUGUCCAACCUCACACUGCAGCAUAUCCCCAAGACCAUCUCCUUGUCGGGCAGCCUGGACACGGCCCCCAAGGACUUCGUCGUCUAUGGCAUGGAGGGCAACCCCAGGGAGGAGGUGUUCCUGGGUGCAUUCCAGUUCCAGCCAGAAAAUACCAUUCAGAUGUUCCCUCUCCAGAACCAGCCCGCCCGACCCUUUGGUGCGGUCAAGGUGAAGAUCUCAAGCAACUGGGGGAGCCCACGCUUCACAUGCCUGUACCGUGUGCGCAUCCACGGCUCUGUGGCCCCACCCAGAGAUGAGCCCAGCUAG